AAAAGUCACGUGACUGCCCGGAAACCACCGGGUGACGUGUGGAAACAUCCACUGCUCUGUUAAUGACUGGUCGGAGUCUGGCUACUUUGUUUUUCAGGAUCUGAAGAGUGUGUGGGGUUCUCAAGACGAAUGUGCCUCUGUAUUCAAACCUUAGAAGGAGGCGGCUGUGGAGGACAGCGAAAAGGGCGAUGGCCUCAACGAACCCUAAGCAAGUGAUCUGAUAUGGAGUAUCUCCUCCCUGUGCUGUUUCUGAUGAUACAAUGUAGCCAUACGGGUGCGCUGGACACUCUCCCGGCUCCAAUCAAUGUCUCCAUGGACUCUAGAAACUUCCGGCAUGAGCUGACAUGGGCCCCCGGGCCGGGGACCCCCCCGGAGACAUACUACAAAGUGUACUCCAGGAUUUCCCGUGGACGUCCAAAGCCAAAGGUUUUCAACAAGACCAGCGGUGUUCUGAAGCUGAAGAAUGAUCACAAAUACAAGAUCUCCGUCAUGGCUGUCUACAACCACUCCAACCACUCCCUGGAAUCGGUGGAGUCCAAGGCCUUAGAGUUCAGCGCUUUCCAAGACACUCGUAUAGAUCCUCCAUGGCUCAGCCUGGUGGGAGGGGAUCACCGCCUGGAGCUCAACAUCUCCCUUCCCAAGGCCCACAAGUCCGCCAAAAUAGAAGACAUCCUCAACUUCUACAAUGCCAAAGUUACGGUCACCUGGCAGAAAGCUGGAGACGACAGGACCUUUUCCAUGGACAUGACCAAUUCCAGCAUGGUCCUGGAAAACCUGGAGGCCGGCAUGAAUUACUGCGUGAGAGUCCACCUUAGGAUCCGCAUCAAUCCACAUACCUGGCCCUCCAGGUGUGUGUAUGCAUCAACCAGCGACCCGGAACCCAGCAUGGGCCCUAGGGUUCUAGGGAUCGCCGUCCCGCUCCUCGUCCUGGUGGUGGUGGGCACGGUGGCGCUCCUUGUUGGGCUGCACUAUACUGGCUACCUGUGUGGAAUCAAGGCCCAUGUGCCCGCCGUACUGCUGAUGGUGCUCAGCCAUGUCUACCUGGUCACGCCAGAGAGGACCAUCCCUGACCCGGUGUACUUCAGCCCCAAGGCGGCCAAACACGACGGGACUGGGCUGCAGGACGACGAUGACGACGAAGAAGAGGACGAAGAAGAUGCCGACAAAGGGGAACACAUGUACUUUAACAGAGCUGCAGAUCUCUCCUCCGAUUCCGACUCCUCGGAUGCACCUGGGGAUCCCCCUGGGAGCUCUUGCGGCAGGGCCUGCCCGACAGUGGGCAGCGGGUUGAUGGCGGUGGAGUGGCCUUUGCCGGGGUCCCAUCGUCAGCCAGAUAUCAGGGGCCACAGUGUUCAGGGGCCCGUUACGCUUGACAAGGACCUGCAUGGGAUUCAGGGUGGGGCCAUGAGCCAGGGGGAGUGGAGUAAGGAGGCGCCGUCUGUGGAUGAGAGGUGGAAAGAGGAGGAGGAGGAGGAGGAAGAGGAGGAGGAGGGUGGUGAUGUAAAUCUGUUCUCACUGACUCUUCUCAAGGAGGACAACUCUGGGAACAUCAAUCUGUGCUCAGCGAUCUUUGGUGGGUUCAAAGAGGCUACUGACCAUGAGACUGAGUUGGAUGACGCUCCACGUGUCGCUCUACGGCCUCGACUUGAGCCAGAGCCACACGGAACGCCAGGCAGACUCUCAGCACAGAGUCGUACGCCUUCAGACACUGAAGAAGUGCUGCUGUCCAUCCUGGGCUCAGAGCAGCCACACAGAGGAGAGACAAAGCGAAGCAGAGCGGGCACAUCCUGUAGUGACCGCAUCUCUUAUGGUAGCGAGAUGGAAGAGGAGGAGGAGCCAGAAGAGGAAUACUCCUCUGGAUAUAUGGGGCGUUAAUUUGGUGAUUGUUAAGUGUGUGUGUGUGUGUGUGUGUGUGUGUGUGCGCGAGCGUGUGUGUGUGCGAGCGGGUAUGCCUUGUGUUAAAUGCUGACCAAUGAUUUGAAUAAAUGAUGUCAAUCAUGGAUAAAGUCUGAAAACAAAAAGAGGAUGUCACUUGUCACAUGUAUAUUACUUCAUAGACAGGGGAACUUGGUUGUUGGCUUGAUGGCCGGAAUUGUGGAUGAAUCAGAUUACUUAAAUCAAUUGUAAGUGUGCCUAUAGUAUAGGCGAAAAGGCAACAAAAAUACCUUUCUAGUGCGUCCAACUGGAAGCAGCAUGAACUAUAAUGUGGCUUCUCUUAUAAGAUGGGAGUUGUCAUAUUCAGUAUGUUUACAAGUGUUAGAACAUGUUUUGGUUAAGGUUUUAUAAAAUCAUAAAAACAAAUGAUUUGU